AUGCUUCAUAAUGGCAGCGGUGAGCACAAAGCGCACCGCAACGACAGCUCACGACUAGACAACAACCAUCGCCACAUGUACAUUUCAAUCUUCAACCACAAAGCCAGCUCUCCACAACUGGCCGUGGCUAUGACCACGCUCUGGCCCGACCGAUGGCCCAUAGAGAGAAAAGACAAGCAUGUGUUGUCGGGAUUGAAGACAUCAGUCAGCCUCCAUUCGGCUCUCCCGGCAGCAACGAUUUCAUUCGCUGCCAUAAGGUCAGCCUCUGCGCCUCAUGCAUGGCUUGAUAUGCACAUCAACGCAAGCCCCAAUACUACCCUUUCGACCCUUUGGGUCUUCAAUGCGCCUCCAUUUCCCAGCAAACAUGUGAGCGUUGGAGGCAAGCGCCCAGAAGCCAUGGGGGCUGAGACGAUCUGCCGCAGAGAGCUGGAUAUUUGA